AUGACCGAGGGAGACACCACCAAUCGCCAGACCGUACAAACUUGCGGGCGCAGCUUGCUGAGCCUCCGCGUCCUCGUGCAGAACCGUCGCAAGGAGAAGAUGCCUAUACUCCUGUUUGCCUCGCGAGCCCAGGCACUGAUACUCCCAUCCUCCACCUCUGCCGUGCUGCGGGGUACGGCCGAAGGAGACAACAUCGUGCAGUUUAUGCUCGACAGUGUUCCCCGAGCGACGGUGGGGGUCGCCAAUGACCCUUGGGACAGCGUCCCGCGUCUGGCUAUCUCGCAAUUCAACACCGUUGAGAUCAUGAUGGACACGCCUCUCCCCAAAAACAUUGUGGACGCCCCAAACGGCACGAUACUCCUCGGCACAGGUGACUUUGUCGUCUUGCACCUACAAUUCCGCGUCGGCGACGACAACACCAUCGUCAAAGACUGGGAAGCCCUCGGCACCCUGGAAGCCAUCACGCUCCCUUGGGCGCCGUGGGAUGGCAUCACUGCCUAUGCCGACGUUGCCGCCUCCCUCCGCAGCGUGCAAUCCCCCUUGGCCGACAAGAGCGGCCCUGCGGAUGCCGGACUACUACGCGUGCCCUUCGAUCAGCACGCGGUGCACAGUUACUUUGCCGAUUUCAUCGAGCACGGCGAAGACGCGUACAUCCGAAGCCACUUUGGGGACGCCCGUGGGGAUAUGGUACGCGGAACGGAUGCUGCCAUGAACUCGAUGGCCCUGGAGGUGCUCCGCAGAAUUGAGCAAGCCGGUAACUUGGAUAUACUGGUGGAGCGCCUGAGGGAGACCGGCAUGGGUGAGCUCGCGGACCAGCUUGAGUAG